GGCGCUCAUAUGAAGCAUCAUUGCGUCUCCCAAUUUCCCCCCCACCCCCCCCCCGAGCCCGCCAAAUUUCUGUAUUGAGCAGACUUUUUCCGCACAAGAGCAGACUUGAAAGCGUCACACAAGACAUCGAGAGCGCGAAACAGGUCACAGCAGCACCAUGUCUUCUUUCAAGCUUUUACCCUUGCAUUUCCGGUCGAUGGCAGAGACCCGGCAGGCUUUCUCGGGCCAGCUUAGCUCCAUCGGUAGCGCGCAGGCAAGAAAUACAUACACAGAUGCCCUUUCAAUGCAGACCCUCGUGCUUGCACUUGUUGCGCUUGGCACGGUAGCAGCCCUCACGCAUCUGCUGCUGUUGAGCAAACUCAGCACAUCCCGUCUAGCGCUCGGAGAGAGAGAAGCGGAAAGCGAAGCUAAUCUGACGCAAGCGCAGCGAGAAUUUCAGGAGCAAGAGGAAUUCAGGAGGCUUAAUGGAGAACCUUUGGACGAAGAGGCCUUCUGGUCCGAAGCGAGGAGGGGCAAGUUGAGCCUCAUUUUGACUUGUUGGAUGGGACUCGUCGCGAACGCUGCACUUUUAGGCUUCGAGGCGCUUCGUACGAGCCAGAGGAGUAGCGGGGAGGCUGCUUCAGCUCUGGCCGUGCCAUCGAUCACGGCUGUCGCUUGGGUGCGGAUUGCACGUGGGUUGCUUCGGCAAAGACGGUGCCUCUGCUGACGUCUCCUUCACGCAUCCUGGUACAGAUUGAUCUGCUAGUGGUCACGCUACAAGCUCAACGUGCGGGUUCACGCUUCGCUGCAUUGGUCCACAUCUUUUCGCUCUCGGGCUUGUUGGCUGUCGGCGACAUUCUGCUACUCACGGAUCCCAGUCGUAACCAGAGACCGA